UUGACGCAAUCCAAUCAGAACUUACGCAUGUGCUAUAACCUCAAAACAUCAGCUGUUCUCGAAUGUUGUUUAUCAACAAAUUUUAGUUGUUAUUCAUGAACACAUCAGUUUAGUGAUGAAGAAGUUCAAAAUUAAACACAAAAACUCAUAACUCUCAAGUUCGAAUGAAGUGUUAAGUUCUUUGUUUAAUAAUAUAAGAAUGAACUACGUCUAUAACCUAAAAAUAGUUCUUUUUACGUUCUUUACGUUAUGUUAUGCAGAUCUAAAUCCUGUGAUAUUAAUACCUGGUGAUGGAGGAUCUCAGUUAGAAGCAAAAUUAAACAAGAGCAAUGUUAUACAUUAUAUUUGCCAAAAAGCAACUAAAGAUUACUUCAACAUAUGGUUGAACAUGGAAUUAUUAGUUCCGCUUGUCAUCGAUUGUUGGAUUGAUAAUAUUAAAUUAAUUUAUGAUAAUGCAACAAGGACCACAAGGAAUCCUGAUGGUGUUUCUAUAAGGGUUCCUGGGUUUGGAGGUACAGAAGCAGUAGAAUGGCUAGACCCGAGUCAUGCAUCUACGGGAGCAUAUUUCAAUGACAUUACAAAUACACUUGUUAGUUUAGGUUAUACAAGGAACGUUAGUAUUAAGGGAGCCCCAUACGAUUUUAGGAAAGCACCAAAUGAAAAUAAAAGUUAUUUUGUGAAACUGAAGAAUUUAAUUGAAGAAACUUAUGAAGCAAAUAACAACACCCCAGUAAUGAUCAUAGCACAUUCGAUGGGUGGUCCCAUGUCCUUGUAUUUUUUAAAUUUGCAGAAUCAAGCAUGGAAGAACAUGUACGUUGCACGUUUAAUCACUCUUAGUGGGGUCUGGGGUGGAUCAAUGAAGGCUGUGAAAGUUUAUGCUAUAGGUGACGACUUAGGGUCAUAUGUUUUAAGGGAAAGUGUAAUGAGAGAGGAACAAAUUACAUCUCCAAGUUUAGCCUGGCUUUUGCCAUCUAGAUUGUUUUGGAAACCAAAUGAGGUUCUGGUACAAACUGAAAAGAAAAACUAUACACUAAAUGAUUUGCAGGAUUUCUUUACGGGUAUAUCUUUCCCGGACGGAUGGGAAAUGAGGAAAGAUACAGAACCGUAUCAAUUGAAAUUUAAAUCUCCUGGUGUUGAGGUUCAUUGUUUAUAUGGCUUUAACGUUAGUACUGUUGAAAAGUUAUAUUAUAAGCCAGGUACUUGGUUAGACGGCUACCCAACUCUUUUAAAUGGGGAUGGCGAUGGAACAGUAAACUUAAGAUCAUUGGAAGGUUGUAAAUACUGGCAGACAAUGCAGAAAAGAAAAGUGUACAUAAAACAAUUACCAAAAGUAGAUCAUCUGCAAAUUCUACAUGACAAAAGUACACUGCAAUAUAUCUCUAAUCUAGUACAAGAAUCUUGAGUAGUAAUUAAGGAAAAUAUGAAGAUUUAAAAGUAAAACUAAUAUAAUGAUUAGUUGUUUAAAAAUGUUAAUUGACUUAAAUUUUAAAAUUAAAAAU